GAAGUGCUAAUGACAUUACACAUUGAUGCUGGAAAACAGUGUUUAUGAGAGCAACGUACAUACGAUUAGUAUAUUUAGGUUAGCAUGAUUUAUAUGAAAUAGCAAAAUAAUUCAUGCCUCAAGGAAACUUCGAGAAACUUUUGACAAGUACUCGGCAAUUCCAUCAACCACAGCGUUAUUAGCCUCUGAUAUUACAUCCUGCCAAAAAUUACGUUGUGGCAAUUCAAUGAGGGUGCUAAUCGAGUCUUUGUUGUUCUUCCUGCCAUAAGGUAGAUACAUACAUAUAUACAUAUGCAUGUAUGAUAUUUCGCGCGACAGAGAAUCGACUACUGUGCAUGAAAACUAUUCAUUUGGCCAUUAAUUCACGAUUUGCAAGAUCGCGUCAAUCUUAUAAUAUAUUUUAAAUUAUUAAGAACCAAGCAGGAAAGUACUUUUUGACCUAAGACCUCUUUGAGAUGUCUAUAACCAGAACGUAACAUUUUCUAACGGCAUCUUGCGAAUGCCGCCUUUAUUCGUGCUUUCUGGGAAUCAUCAUGUUUUUUUCUUCCAUUCAUUUCCAUCGGCACCACAGUCCAUGAAGUGAACGCGAAAUCCUCUGGUACUAGGAAAUAAUAAUCGACAUUUCUUUUCCCGGGAAUUUUAAAAUCGACGAAAGACAUUCGUAGAAACGCGCAUCAAAGGGCUAUUGAUAAAUACGCUAACAAUGCGAAAUUCUAUGCGCUAAACAAUGUAAGAUCGUUGAAAACAAUUGAUUUUUAUCAGUGAAAAAAUUUGGUUUGCUUCAGUGACGUUUCCACGAAAAAAAAAUAGCAAGCUAACAUUAAGAUUUUUAUGAAUUUUUUAGCAAUCACGUUGCACAUGCACCGAUGCAUUUUUAACUGUUUGAUCGAGGUAUCUCACGUAUCUACAUAUGAAAACUAAAACACAUAUUUGACCGAUGAACGGGAAAAAAAAAUUUCGCACAUUUAUAUCCGAUUUCAUUCAACACUCGUCGUUUCCGUGACCUUUCGACGUAUGAAUAAGCUGUGAAUAGUCAGGUGGUACAAAAGGAAUAUGAAAACCUUCUGAAAAAAGUCGAAACCAGUAUUUCAAAUAAAUCGAAUGCGUAAUACAAGGCAUAAUACGUUCGAAUGUUCUAGAUGAGGUAUUCGAUAUUUCAAUAUUAACAUUACACAUCGCCUUAUUAUAUUGGAAGGGAAAAGAAGAGAGGAAAAGAAGUUAAACAUACAAUGCAGAUACUGACUCAGCGAUGUGUACAUAUCAGCUGGAAUAUUUCACUAAUUCUUAACAUUCGUUUCUUUCUGUCGUACAUUCUAGAACCAAAUGGCAUAUUCUCUUAUUCAUAUACAUACGUCUUACCAAAUGGUUCAACGGUAAUUACAGACAUGCUAAAUUACUUCUCGCACGACUAUUGCCAUUCGAAUUAUUUCAAAUGACGCGUAUUAUUACGAUGCUUAUACGCUAAAAAUUUUCUUCAAUUAUUCUAAGUCGAUCGUACAUGGACGGCUGUUCGGUCAUCGUAUGAACACAAUCAACCGUGGCUGGUCAAAUAUUUCUGAAUGACUGUGUUUACGUAUAUAUAGAUAUUCCAUACGUUACAUAUUGAUUUCGAAAUUGUACAUUUUAUCCCUGGUUACCUGAUACAUGUGGUACAUACAGAGUAAUUUCAGGUAAACGUAUCAACUGAAGUUAGCUUCUCUAUUUGCUUUCUACGACAGAGCCAACUUCAGUACGUAGAUCCUAUAUCGAAUAAUUCUGUAUUAUUCAAGUAAUGACGUCGAUAAUAAUUGUACAGUACGAAUACAAGUUCACUGAACCCCGUGAAAUAGGUGAAACAAUAAUAGAACAUGGAAUCAUGCCAAGCAUGAGAGAAUAACGAUCAUAUUUAUAUAAUCGUUGCGAUAUCAAGGUUCAAGUAUCAUUUUCAUGAAAGGAGUGUAGUCGAGAAAUCCAAUGCGGAUUAAGGGCAGGUUUCAGGGAUUUUCGAUAGCAGCCGAGCAGUUAUUCGUGAAAAACUUUUUUCCGAGGGAACUUCCUCGAGAAAAGAAGGCCAGUAAUCCAAGUAAACUUCAGUCUCUCCUCUUAUAUUCUUUUCCUCCUAUUCCCCUUGUUUCUUCGUCUUAUUUCGUACAUCACGUACGAAACGUUCUUCGAAACUUAUCUACCGGGUGCCCAUUAAAAAUUUAUCAAACCUGAGACCGGGCUCCCAAAACCUAUUAGGAUCCAGAUUUUUGUACGAUUUAACGAGGAAAAAGUUCAUUCAUAAAUUAUUAUGUUUAUUUGUUCCUCGUGCGAAAUAAUUAUAACUUAUAUGUAUAAUAUAUCGCUUUGUAAAAAACGACCAACCCGCACUCAGUGUCACGCGCGUUCGAUACCUGUUAUCAUUGUAAUUAUUUAUGCCACAGUUGACCCUCAUCUAUAAUAUUCGAUGCGGGGACCUACGUCAAACCAGCCAGAGCUCUACCCUGCUAAAAAUCUCUAUGAAAAAAAGGUGCUUCGCUACCUGACUAUUAGUCAUAGGAUACGUUCGUGAAAACAUGAACAUGUUUAUGAAAACACAUAUCACGUGUAAUUCUGCCGUAGCUGGCGUGACAGAAUGGUAACAUCCGUAUGCAUGAGUACAAACGUCACUUUAUCUUUGUGUCCAAUUAGCAGCCAUACGAUGAUGUACAUAUGAAUAACGCCUCGUUAUCUGCUUACGAAUCGUAUUCCAGUGAAUUCUAUAGAAAUUUAUCAGCUAUGCUGACGUCACGAUUGGAUCUGUAUAAAAUCAUAAUUUUUGUACUAUUUUUUUUUUUCAUUUUCCGUAAACGUCGCCAAAACGUCCGUCCGAUAAGCGAUGAUUCAGAAUUUUUGGCGAUAUCAAACUUUUGAGAAAAGCAAUUUCGUAAGAAGUAUCUCUGUCUCUUACUUUUUCAUACAAUUAAUGUCACGUCGAUACCAUUGCGCGGGUACACAAGUGUCCCGUGUAUAUUUUUCAAGAUUGAAUGCCGAAUAUAACGCAAAUCAAAUAAAUACGUUGCUUUUAGGGAAAAGUACAAUUGUUGAAAAUAAAAAAUAUUUUUACUUCUCACAACUCUUUGCAGUCAAUAUUUUUUCUCAACUGUUCAAUCAGAAUUAGCAGAUUUGACACCCGUAACGUUCCUAUCGAAAUUUAGGACAUGGCUUUACUCGUAUCUUUUAAGUUUCUUCCGAGGCAGCAGAGAAGUAAAAAAUUAUUAUUUUCCAUCCGAAAAUAUCAUAGCCGUGAGUUCGGCAAUAACUCAAUGAAGCUUUUGUUUAUUGCCUUUUGGGCUGAGCCGUCGAAUGCGGCUCGUACGUUCCUUGCGGAAAUGUAGCUAAAUGGGUUAGCACGUUAACGCGAUUAAAAGUUACCACGUUAAUACGGUUACGAUCGAUCAUCCGCUUCGCGUAACGGUAUUGAAAUACGAAAAUUGGAACAGUCGAUUACCUGUAUUACGUAAGAUCAGCGGUCCGAAACAAAGGGUCAUAACGAUUUGCGCUUUGAUUUGCCUUCCGCGCGGCUCGAUUAGCAUUCUUCUUUUUAUAAAGAAUUCCGUUGGAACCAAAGCUUGACCCAAAUAUGAAUUCAAGGCCGAGCUAGAGGUUCGAGGCGCGGAGUACGGUGUAUCUAGAUACAAGUAAGCCAGACCAGCCGGUCAGACCUUGCACCUACGAGGCAUAGAGAGCCAGGCGUCCUUGCUCCGAAUGAAAAAGUCAAAAAGAAUAAUUUGACUGUAUCGGGUAAUUAAGGAUAAGAAAAUACCGAGAAAAAUGAGCAAAGUGGUCGAAGGUUCCUUGACGAAAAUUGAGGGGAGCUACAUAGGGCCGAUAAGGCGAUAUCGCUAUCACCCCAGUGACCCUAUGGUGUCUGCUGGCACCAGGUACUGUUUAUAGAUUGCGCAAGUCCCGCGUUGCUAUAGCACAAAUCGUUCCACCUGCCAGCAGUCUAAAGCAAUCUGGAGUAGCCAAGUGAAGUAGGCAGGUAGCGUCUCGAGGAAGAAGAGUGCCGAUCAUAGAUGAGAAAUUACGAACCGUAUGUCGUCGACGAUUCCGAGGGGUUCGGGCGGACCGGAGUGCCUGAGUUCUACGUGAAUGGACGAUAAUCCAGGGGGCUUCGGGGCACGGGAAGAGCCAGAAGGAGAUGUCUGAAUGGGUGGUAUAUGCUCCUGUCGAGGUCGAGGUAGCCAGGUCAAUGCUGGCUCCAUCCUGGAUCGGGUGAUCAGUCAGGCGAGCAACGAGGAUCAGUGUUUACUCUAUCGAUUGGCUAAUUACAAGAAAGGAGGAGAGCUCGUCGAAUCGUAUAAUGCCGGUGGGCAGGCCGAGGUGGAGAAGGUUAUUCGCGAGCAGUUUGGCAUUCUGAUGUAUGCCGACGGUAAGGGUCAGAUCAUUAACAGGGCGGAGUAUUUGCGAUGGAAAUUCCGGGACCUGGAGCAGGUCGUGUUACCGAUAGAAGCAUCGCUAUCGCGUUUCGAUCCUCUGGCUCAGUGGAGCGAUCACGAGGCUUGCUGGCAGAUGCAGUAUCGGGGCUCACUCGGGGAGACCCUGUUACACGUACUGAUAAUAUGCGAUACACGGAUCCAUACGCGGAUAGCGCGUACGUUGCUCAAGUGCUUUCCAAGGCUGGCCAUCGACGUGGUGGAGGGUGAAGAGUACCUCGGAGCCAGCGCGCUGCACCUGGCUAUAGCCUAUAACAAUAACGAACUGGUCCAGGACCUGGUCGAGGCUGGAGCUAUAGUGUCCCAGAGAGCAACAGGAAGCUUCUUUCUGCCGAGGGAUCAGCAGCGACUACGUCCGGCUCGUAACACAGAUUACGAAGGUCUUGCCUAUCUAGGGGAGUACCCGCUUGCCUGGGCAGCCUGCUGCGCCAACGAGAGCGUCUAUAACCUCCUACUUGAUUCAGGCGCUCAUCCCGACGAACAGGACUCUUUCGGGAACAUGAUUCUGCACAUGGUCGUCGUCUGCGACAAACUGGACAUGUUCGGUUACGCUCUGCGUCAUCCAAAACUUCCGGCCCGGAAUGGCAUCGCGAACUCUGCUGGGUUCACUCCGCUGACUCUCGCCUGCCAGCUGGGACGUGCUGAAGUCUUUCGAGAAAUGCUCGAGCUAUCUGCUCGAGAGUUUUGGCGAUAUAGUAAUAUCACUUGCUCGGCGUAUCCACUUAAUGCACUCGACACGCUGUUACCCGAUGGUAGAACGAACUGGAACUCGGCGCUGUUCAUAAUCCUAAACGGCACCAAGGAGGAGCAUCUGGACAUGCUAGAUGGCGGCAUAAUUCAGCGAUUGCUGGAAGAGAAGUGGAAAACUUUUGCACGACUUCAGUUCCUCAAGAGACUCGUCAUCCUCGUCUUUCACUUGAUUUCCCUGUCGCUGGCUGUUUACUUGAGACCCGGUGAAAUGGACAGUGAACUUUUAAAGUGGCCCGAAGAAAUAACGGAAAUUGCAAGAACCAUUGCCGAAUGCAUCACCGUUCUUGGUGUACUAAGUUACAUCCUGCUCCAGCUUGGUGGUGAAGUAGUCAACAUCGGCCUUCUUUCCUUUCUCAAGCAACUGAGUCACGAGCCAGCAAAGUUCAUCUUCCUGAUCAGUAACAUCCUUAUACUCGCGUGUAUCCCAUGUAGAAUGGCUGGUGAUCGUCACGCGGAGGAUGCCAUUCUCGUAGUAGCCGUACCUGGCUCUUGGUUCUUGCUGAUGUUUUUCGCAGGUGCAGUACGUCUGACUGGUCCGUUCGUCACAAUGGUUUACAGCAUGAUAACCGGAGAUAUGCUGACCUUUGGUAUCAUCUACAUGGUCGUACUCUUUGGAUUCUCACAGUCCUUUUAUUUCCUCUACAAAGGAUUUCCAGGGGUCAAAUCAUCUCUAUACAGUUCGUAUCCCUCCACCUGGAUGGCCUUGCUGCAAAUCACCCUUGGCGAUUACAAUUAUUUUUUUUUUCAGUAUACCGACCUGAGCCACACGACCUAUCCCAACCUGAGUAAAGCAGUCUUCGCCAUCUUCAUGGUACUCGUGCCUAUAUUGCUGCUCAACAUGUUGAUAGCCAUGAUGGGUAACACGUACGCUCAUGUAAUCGAGCAAAGUGAAAAGGAAUGGAUGAAGCAGUGGGCCAAGAUCGUCGUUUCAUUGGAACGCGCCGUUUCGCAGAAGGAUGCUCACAAUUAUCUACAAGAGUACAGUAUCAAACUGGGUCCGGGAGACGACCCGAAUAAUCCAGCCUCGGAGCAGCGCGGCGUGAUGGUCAUCAAGAGUAAAUCAAAAACAAGAGCCAAACAACGAAAGGGCGCUGUGUCUAAUUGGAAGCGCGUGGGAAAGGUGACGAUAAACGAGCUAAGGAAACGCGGAAUGACCGGCGAGGAGUUACGAUGUAUUAUGUGGGGUCGUGCAUCAUUCUCAACACCCGUUAGAGUGCCAGCAAGUCCCAAUAUCGGAGAACCAGACGCAGCCGGUUCGACGGUUACCGGAGGCUUCGGUGACGCUUUGACGGCUGCACUGGACGUAAUGGCGCUUGCACACGAUCUCGACCUGAGUACGGCCACCCAAGGGAUACCAACUACGAGUAAUCAAACGUCUAAGGUAGCGAAUGUUCAAGGGAAGGUUCGGCCGAGUAAUCAAGGACAAGCUGGACUCGCGGUACAGAGGCCGGUUCAACCGCUAUCUCAAUCUGCGCCCCAACCGCAAGCUCAAUCACACGGACGAAGUACGGCUGAUAUCGUCCAUGAAUUCGGCGAUAAGAAAACGCUCGAGUCUAUCGAUCCUGAAGCUGUCAAUACGAAAGCUCGUGAAGUGGCAGGAAAUAUAUUCGGCGCGAGGUGUCUGGAUAAAGCUGAAAUCGAGAUACCGAGUACAAGCGCGGAGACGGAGGGAGCCGAUCCUUUGCUUGAGCUUGUGAUAGCCUCGGAAAACUCCAGCUGCGAUCAACAGGCUUUACUGAAGAUGGCCGGGUCAGCGCGUGACCUCAGCGAGUUCCCGCUGAAGAGCGCGGUCAAUGUGCAGCUUCUAGAACGUUUUUCAAUUACGAAGAUACUUACGUCUAAUAGGUUGGCUACCGUGCAUAAGAAGGAGCUUCUGCUCGAGUCUAGUGACAAUGACGUUUGCAAUGACUCUUUGUUGGGAGCUGAGGCAAGAUUACGGAGGAUUAGAUCAGCGAACAGUAGAUACGUUUUGGAAAAAAGGCAAUUUCGCCGAGACGACGGUAGCUCGUCUUCCUCUCCUUCGGUAGAUACCGUUUCCGGUUAUCGAAUUCUUAAAAACGAACCGGACGAAACGGUCAAUGUGGCUUCCGUCGGAUCUGCCGAGACUAACGAGUCGACCAGGACGGAAAAUUCUAACGGCGCCAAGAGUCAUCGUAAGCGACGGGCCAAAACGGCAAAAAACAGGGUAUCUCCGAAAGAGAUGUUUGACUCUUCAAAGAGAAGAGAAUCAGAUUACGGGAAAAAAGUUGCCUCCCCACCGAAUUCGCCCACUGAUCCUUUGGAACCGUGGAGCACUCGUGGCAUCAAAGAUAUGAAUACGAUAUUAGCAUGGAAGGAAAACGGACCGGACAGCCCAUAAAGAAUAUUCACUUUCAACAAAUUUGUAAAAGCUGAAAGAAAAUUUGAAUUUCAACUUUUACCAAGGCACGGACAUUGGUUAUAUACAAGAGGCAAUGUCCCGUAUCCAUUUCGCUGCCGCGAAACGAGAAAUCCAUUCGCAAAAGGGAAUAUCAAUAUUUCGAAGUUUCAACGCUGCGUGAUAGAGCAAGGAUUAUAUUGUGAUUUAUGACGCGAGUAGUCAAGGUUAUUUUGGUAAUAUUUGUCACUGGAUUUCGUACAUAUAAUAUCGAGGGACUAAAUUGGACUAUAAAACCCAGGACGUAUGAAAAAUAGGACGUACCUAACUUCUUUGGCCUCUUGACGUUCCUGGGCAAUACAGCCAUAACGAAUUUCCUGCAUUCUCAGUGACAUUGCGCAAUAUGUAUGACGUAUCAUAUGCAAUUUAUAACAGACUGGAUGAGUAUAUCGAAAGAAUUAUAUAGAACGAUUUACCACAGUGAAAAUAUAUUAAAACGUAUAUCGUCGUUUAAUUUAUACUUGAUCGUGACUACAAUGUGUACUUUAGUUAAUUCGCGAAUUACCUGAUGUACAAAAAAUUCCGAGUCAACGUAAAACCUCAGUUUCAAUUAUAUUCGUAUACGUGUAACACUGAAAUUCGAUCGAUUAAAAUUAUGUGGAUGUACGUAAUAUUAUUUUAUAUUCGAAUAAUUUAACAGAGACGUCAGUCUUGAUUUGUAAUUAAAUAAUUGUACAGUAACAUUAAUACAAUUUGUGCACUGAAACGAGUGACUAAAGAUAACAGAUUAUUUUAUCUGAUAAAAAGCAAUCGAUACUAAUGCAUGGAAGAGAAAAAACUGUGUAUCGCACUGGUAAAAAUAAUUUUUUCUUUUCAGUUACAUUAUUAUUAUGUUGAAUUAAAAGAGUCUUCGAGUGUAUUAUAUUUGAAAUAAAAUCUUUUCCUUCUU